AUGGGCGUACGACAGCCGACAUUCGGGCUGUUCGGUGCACCAUUCCAUGAUGCAGUUCCUGACAGAUCAUGUGAGAGUAGCGCCUCCGCUCCAACUGCCAUUGAAGAUAGUGAGAGCCAUGAUUCGUAUCAUAAGCGACCCAAAGUGUACUCUGGUUUUCAUGAGAGCUCGUCUUGUCCUGUGAUAGGGAGAUAUUAUAACAUUAACCAAGGCUCAUCAAAUUCAUCUAAUAAUGGGAUAUUUGAUCACAAUUUCAUUUUGAAUGGUGGGAGUGAUGAGUUUUCUUUUAGUGGCAAUGAUGAGAUAGGUGAGAAACAUGAGGGUGGUUUGAGGGAGGAAGAUUUUGAAAUCCGGAUCGAUCUGACUGAUGACUUAUUGCAUAUGGUAUUCUCAUUCUUGGACCAUUGUAAUCUUUGUCACGCUUCUAUGGUUUGUAGGCAGUGGCGAUCAGUUAGUGCUCAUGAGGAGUUUUGGAGGUGCCUGAAUUUUGAAAACCGGAAUAUAUCUCUUGAACAAUUUGAGGACAUGUGUCAACGAUAUCCGAAUGCCACUGAAGUGAAUCUUAGUGGCACUCGUAAUAUGCACCUGCUAGCUAUGAGAGCUGUCUCUUCAUUACGAAAUAUCGAGGCUUUAACAUUGGGAAGAGGCCAACUAGGGGAUGCUUUUUUCCAUGCAUUGGUAGAAUGUAGUAUGUUACGGAGUUUGGAUGUGAAUGAUGCUUUUCUCGGCAAUGGUGUUCAAGAAAUAGCUAUUAACCAUGAUCGAUUGUGUGAUCUGAAAGUAACAAAAUGCCGUGUGAUGCGUCUAUCUAUCAGGUGUCCACAGCUAAAAAGUUUGUCUUUGAAACGUAGUAAUAUGGCACAGGUGGCCCUGAAUUGCCCUCUUAUAAAUCUGCUUGACAUAUGCUCAUGCCACAAACUUAUAGAUGCAGCAAUUCGUUCGGCAGUGAUUUCUUGCCCCCAAUUAGAAUCUUUAGACAUGUCGAAUUGUUCUUGUGUUAGUGAUGAGACAUUGCGUGAGAUAGCUCACAGUUGUGCAAAUCUCCAUGUUUUGAAUUCUUCUUAUUGUCCUAACAUAUCACUUGAGUCUGUAAGACUGCCAAUGUUGAUGGUUCUUAAACUUGACAGCUGCGAAGCUAUCACAUCAGCCUCAAUGGCUGCAAUAGCCCAUAGUUAUAUGUUGGAGGAGCUGGAGCUUGAUAAUUGCCACAUGCUAACAUCAGUGUCAUUGGAUCUUCCUCGUCUGCAGAAAAUUCGAUUGGUUCACUGUCGAAAAUUUGCCGAGUUGAAUUUACAAUGUUUCAUGUUAUCAUCUGUGACGGUGUCCAAUUGCACUGCCCUUCAGCGUGUUAGCAUCAGUUCAAAUUCACUUCAAAAAUUAGCGUUGCAGAAGCAGGAAAACUUGACAAUGUUGGCGCUGCAAUGUCAGUGUUUGCUAGAAGUUGACCUAACAGAUUGUGCAUCUUUGACAAAUUCUAUAUGCAAUGUAUUUAGUAAUGGUGGUGGUUGCCCUAUGCUAAAACCAUUAGUUCUGGAUAACUGUGAGAGCUUGACAGUAGUGCAGUUAUCCGGUACCUCUUUAGUCAACCUUUCUCUGGUUGGUUGUCGUGCUAUUACUGCUCUGGAUCUUGCAUGUCCUUGUCUUGAGAAAAUUUGCUUCGAUGGUUGUGAGCAUCUUGAGAGAGCAUCAUUUUGUCCUGCUUCUCUUUGGUCACUUAACCUCGGAAUAUGCCCCAAAUUGAACACACUCAAAAUUGAUGCUCCAUGUAUGGUGUCACUUGAGUUGAAAGGAUGCGGCGUUUUGUCUGAAGCAUCAAUAAAUUGUCCCCUAUUGACAUCACUUGAUGCUUCCUUUUGCAGCCAACUCAAGGAUGAUUUCUUAUCUGCAACCACUGCUUACUGCCCUCUGAUUGAGUCAUUAAUAUUGAUGUCUUGCCCUUCUAUUGGUUCCGACGGUUUUUUCUCUUUGCGAUGGCUUCCGAAUUUAACUACACUUGAUUUGUCGUAUACCUUUUUGACGAAUUUGCAGCCAGUUUUUGAGUCUUGUUUGCGGCUGAAGGUGUUAAAAUUACAAGCAUGCAAAUAUCUAGCAGACACAUCACUGGAGCCUCUUUACAAGGAAGGCGCUUUACAAGAAUUCCGGGAUUUGGACUUGUCAUACAGUACCCUGUGCCAGUCUGCCAUAGAAGAGCUUCUUGCUUAUUGCUCACAUCUUACCCAUGUGAGCUUGAAUGGAUGUAAAAAUAUGCAUGACCUUAAUUGGGGUUCUACUGGUGUUGGAUUUGAGUCACUAUGUGUACACAAUGGAUCUAGUACGUUUUCUUUUGAGAAUUUCUAUGAACCCAUCGAGCAGCGGAACCGUUUACUGCAGAACCUCAACUGUGUAGGUUGUCCAAAUAUUAGGAGAGUGCUCAUCCCGGAAGCUGUACGAUGCUUACAUUUGUCAGCCCUAAAUCUUUCUUUGUCCACCAAUUUAAAGGAAGUUGACCUGGAUUGUUACGAAUUAUCCUUUCUUAAUCUAAGCAACUGUUGCUCUUUGGAAGUUUUGAAGCUGGGAUGUCCUAAGCUUACCAGUCUGUUCCUUCAGUCUUGCAACAUCGAGGAAGAAACAGUUGAAACUGCCAUAUCACAGUGUAGCAUGCUGGAGACUUUGGAUGUUCGCUUUUGUCCGAAGAUUUGCUCAAUGAACAUGGGGAGGCUACGUUCGAUUUGUCCGAGCUUGAAGCGAAUAUUCAGUAGCUUUUCACCUGCAUGAUGAGAUUGUUGUGAAAAAAUUUUAUUCCCCGCCGGAAGUUGAUAAUGCCUCUAUUUUUGUA